CUCGUUAGCGGCAGUGAACUUCUAUUUCAGUGAUCAGUAUUUUGUUUACUGAAAUUGUGUGUUGGCGAAAAACGUGUUUCAGUUAGUUGAUUGGUAAUGUUUUGAUCUGCUACUAAGUUCGCUGCUGUCAGAAUUAAGAAGAGUGUGAAUAUUUUUUAAAACUGCUGUGAAGAUUUAAACAACCAUGUUUCGAGACAGGAAGCCAUCAAGAGGACCAGCAGGAAGAGGCAGAGGGGCAUAUCGACCCUUAGGCUUAAAACCCCGAGGUGCAGGAGGUAUUGGGCCCUGGCCUACCAAAGGAAGACGAUUUGUUGAUGUGCCUUACAAUAUUAAUAAGAAGAACAAACUGAAAGAACAAAAGCAGGUACAGACAGCUGUAAAUCCACGGGCUGUUGCAGAAGAUUUUGUGGGGUACAGACAGAGGAUGUUGAUAACACUAGAUCCCGAUCGAAAAUUAGAGGAAAAGGAAAUAGCCCAAAUCAAAGAAGCACUCCUAGAUGCUCUUGAACCUCUAGAGGAUGGGUAUUUUCCACAGUUUUACGGGACUUCCGUGGCGAAGGGUGCGCUCGUUAUGUCUUGUGCCAACGAGCAGACAAAACUCUGGCUAGAGAGAAUUGUGCCAGACUUGAAGCCGUGGAAGGGUGCAAAGCUCCUAGUAAAGCCUAAAGGGGAGGUCGCACAAGGAACUAAGGUGCUACUCAAGACGCCAAAGUUGUUUGCCAAGACAGAGCCAAAAAAAAUCUUGCAGAUGCUUGGCACUCAAAACAAAACCCUCGAUACAAGCCUUUGGAAGAAUGUCAGUGUGACUUCUGAAGCUACAGGCCAGACUCUAGUCUUCAUGGUUGAUGACCAGUCUCUCGAAGCCAUCCGGGCCUUGGACAAUAAAGUUUACCUCGGAUUAGGCAAUGUGGAUUUAGUUAUCGUAAAUGAGGAGGAUGGCAAGCAGACCUCUGCAGAUACAGAUGAGAAAAAUGAGGAAGAGAGUGACAAGCAGACCUCUGGAGAUACAGACAUGAAAAACAAGGAAGGAGAUGCCAUGCAGAUGUCUGUAGAUGCAGACAUGAAAAAUGAGGAGGAAGUGGCCAAGCAGACACCUUCAGAUACAGACAUGAAAAAUCAGGAGGAAGCUGCCAAGCAGACGUCUGUAGACACAGACAUGAAAAAUCAAGAGGAAGCUGACAAAGAGACAUGUGUAGAUACAGACAUGAAAAACAAGGCGGAAGCUGACAAGCAGACCACCUAGAUACAUAUGUGACUCUCACAGAACUGAAGUGCAUUGAAGUUCAUAUUGAAGAAGGAGGCCCAAAUAUUUAGACUAGUGUUGUUCAAAUUGAGCAGAUUCGUUUUCCUUCUGUAGUGCAAUGAGGAGGACAAUGUCUGUGCUUAAAAUUUCUGUGGCUAGGGCUGGACCUGCUUCCAGCUACAGUACAAUCUUGUUAAUUUGGACUAUGUGGGAUCAAAAGUAAGCCUAAAAAUACAGGAGAAUGUGGUAAAAUGAAUAAUAAAGUUGUAGCCUUCGAGCCAGAAA